UGCGAAUCGGAGUGCCAACUACGUUACCAAUAAAAUGUCCCUAAUUAGUAAGAUGGCGUUACAAUGAUGAAUCAGAAAUGAUUUUUAAAGUAAAAUAAAUAUGAAUCCAGAAACUUAACAAAUGUAAGCAUUAUCAUGUACAUACCAUAGAAAAUGCUUUGCUCUACCUUUCCAAACGCAUUCUGCCUAUUAGCAUAAUUGAUAUAAAUUAAUAUGAAGUAAAUAAACAAAGAGUCAUGGAGUCACCUCCUUCAAGUUCGAUUUGGUCUGCUGAGGGCUUUAUUUUAAGCGACGACAGUGGUCUACUAUUAACUAAUGGAUCUGCUUCCAGUGGAAGCAUAAGUGAUAGUAGAGGUGGACGAAGAAAUUUGCCAUUUGAAUUUCAGGAUAGCGAUUGUGAAGAAAAAUCAUUAUCUCAAGAUGAUUCCCUUGAUGGGAUGUCAGAUAUAAUGUGCGGUGAAAACUUUAACACUUUAAAAAAAGGGCCUAACUGGAUAGAAAACACAACAAAACAUUCUUCCUCGCCCAUAGAACCGCCUCCGGAAUUUCAAGACAAACCAAAAUGUCUUUUAACGGAAAUUGACUUUCUUUGCGAUAGGCUCACCACAGAAAUUUUACGAAAGGCGUUGAACGAAUAUAGAGAAGCGGAGUUAAACAAAUUGAGGAUAUUCAAUCAAUUUCAUCGCCCACUUUAUCAUCUAUUGGGGAGACCAUAUUGGACUCCAGAAUUUAUCCCGUUCAGUCCCUGUCACCAUAUCGGCAGACCGAGUUCGAGAAGUUCUCUUGGGUCGUCUCGGCUUUCGAGUUCGCACAACUCCUUGUCCGUCCCUACUGCGCAUCGGGUCGACGAUUCGACAUUCAUUACGCAGGCUGUGUCCCAUGACACUCUCUCAUCAAAUCAGAUCAGCGAUCUGUAUAACGUGCCGUUCGACAGUGAUAUGUACGCGGUGCCCAUCGAUGUCGUCAAGCCGCCGCUAAAACCCAAACGCAACCUGCAUAACAAAAAGAGAAGGCGUAACACGUCUUCCGGCUGCAGGGAGCUCGAAGUGAGGCAGAGUCGCUUGAUUCCUAAUAAGAAGACUACAAUUAAGGCUGAAAAGGUAAGAAUAAAGUAUCAAUGGGCUUGUGCACAAGACAACAAAAGACAUAGUGUGGCUGGCACAUCAGCACCCAUUCAAGGUGAACCGAUUCACAUGACUUUGCAAGAAGUGCGACAGUACCUUCAAACGUUGUAUUCGAGUUCGUCGGACUCGUCUGAGCCGAAAGAGAAGAUAUACAAGCCGAAGCCGUCGAUACUAGUUACAAACAACAACAAAUACCCGCCAGAGAGUAGUAUUAUUGUAAAUAAAGAUAGUAGUACAGUUAUAAGUCCUAAUAGUAGAUCAAAGAAAAACACAUUCCUGAUAAACAUUAAGAAUAAGAAAGUGAAAGACUCUUGUGAUAAUGUCGGCAAGCAGAUGAGCAUGUCGCCGACAAAGAAGGAAGACAAAAGAAAGAAGGCCCCGGCGCGAUUGUUUUCUUUCAAACAAACCCUGUGCAAUAUGUUUAGAUUUCGAAGGUUUCUUUCACCAGAACACGUCAAGGCUGAUAGAGGGAACGAUUUGCAAUACAAAAUUUCCUCCUAUGGGAGCAACAGCAACUUGCUUGACGAUGUACCUAAUAAUUUAAGCAGCAGAGCAUUGCCGCCGUUGCCCUCCAAGGAAGGAGCCAUUGUUACUGAAGAUAAAACUUUGGAUUUUGCCACAAAUAUACAGCGCGUAAAAGAUUAUGGGUGGUAUUGGGGUCCAAUAUCUAGUGAAGCCGCUGAAAAAAUAUUGUCCAAUGAACCGGAUGGAUCUUUCAUAGUACGUGAUAGUAGCGAUGACCAUUAUAUUUUUUCGUUAACCUUUAAGCUUAAUAACUGUGUUAGGCACGUUAGAAUAGAGCAUGAUCAGGGUAACUUUAGUUUUGGUAGCUGUACUAAAUUUAAAUCUCAGACAAUAGUGGAAUUUAUAGAGAAUGCCGUUGAACACUCAAGAAGUGGCAGAUAUUUAUUUUUUCUACAUCGAAGGCCCGUAAUCGGUCCUGUUCGUGUGCAAUUACUUCAUCCAGUGUCAAGAUUUAAGCAAAUACAAAGUUUACAACACAUGUGCAGGUUUGUUAUACAUAAAGUGGUAAGAAGAGACUUAAUACCCAGUCUUCCCCUACCAAGGAGAAUUAUCGAUUAUCUAAACACUCCUCAUUAUUAUUCAGAACAUUUUAUUGAUAUUGAGGAAUCUUUAACAUAUGAAGAUGCUCCCCAUUUAACCAGAAGUCCUACUCCAAUAAUUAGAGAAGAUGAUAAUCAUGAACAAGACGUCCAACCAGUUGAUAAUCCUAAUGUACCUGUUAAUAAUUAUGUUAUCAUAAAUAAUAAUAAUAAUACAAUUUCCACUACACCUAGACAAUCCUGAGAUGUUUGUUUUCUAAUGUUUGAAUGUGUAAAUGUUAAUGAAUUAAUGAUUUAUGCAGUUUUAUUAUUUGUUUGUAUCAUCAAACUGAAGAACAUUGUCAAGGCAGAAACUUGUGUAUUAUUAUGUUUUUGUACAUGUAAUCCACAUAUUAAUAGAAGUUAUGGUAAAAAAAACAAAGAAAUAUACAACAGGAUUAUUAAAAGGAUAAUUGAAGAAACAAAUUAAAGGUAAUAUUAUUUAUAAUUUUGUUUAUUUUAUGUUUUAUGUAAAUCCUUUAAAAUGCAGCAAAAGCUAGCGUCUGUUUUGUAAUUCUUUGAUUUUAAAAAUAUCGUCAUUAUCCUUCAGACUCUGGGUGAUAGGGUAAUAAAUUACUAUUAUACAAUUUAAACCAUAUAAAACAAAUAAUUUAUUAUAAAAAAAUCAAAAUAUAUAUGAGUAAAGAGGGAUAUUUCUAUAUUUCAAAAAUUUUAAUUA